UCAUUGUAAAACACCUGUGCAUCAAAUAAAAAUAAAAAUAAAUAAUUUUAAACACGUGAAAUACAUUUUAAAAAGUAAAAAUGAUUUCUGAAUUCAUGAUUGAACUUCUCUAAAUGUGCUGCACGUGUAGCGUAAAAUCACAGGGUUACUAUCAGCUCUCUUCACCAGUUCAGUGUUAACAAAACGCUGUGGAUGAUCUUCCAAUACACUGCUUUAUAUAAGAUGUAAACGAUGAUGAAUUUGUCUCAAUUCAAAUGAAAAAACAACGCACCACAGAGGACUCACACGAUUUCCACGAGGUGGUAAUGCCCACGGUACUUUUUGUCCGUUUUAUUUUACCUCCCUGUUGCUCCGCCUCUCGUGUUUGUCGUAAGCCUUGCGCGCAGUUUACGAACCCAGCAGUGAGAUAAAGACGGGUUUUUCCUCCGAGUGCGUCGAUUCUCUUGGAGCAUUUUGAACGUGCAGUCUGGUAACCCCCCCAUAUACAAAAACACACACAGGCGCGCGCACACACACACACUCGUACGCACAAAACGCCAUCGCGGAGGGGAUUUUCUUUGCUUUUUUUUUUUCUUUCUUUCCUUCUUUCUUGUUGCGUCGGUCUGUCUGAGACGCGAUCCUCGCCUUUGCGCGCGCGCGCGACGGGGCCAGCGGGCGCCGAACCAUGUCCCUGAGCCCAAAACACUCCACGCCUUUCUCCGUGAGCGACAUCCUGAGCCCGCUGGAGGAAAGCUGUUAUAAGAAGUUUGCGUGCAUGGAGGGCGCUUACCGGCAGCCUCCUCCUCCUCCAUCUGCUCAGAGCGCGCAGCAUCAGCACCAUCACCAGCACCAUCACCAUCACCAUCAUCACCAGCAGCAGCAGCAACAGCAGCAGCAACACGCAGUGAGCCACGGAGCUUAUCACGUGUCGCAAGGCAUGUCUCAGUUCUCACACGCGGCCAUGGCGGGAUACUGUAACGGAAGCCUUGGCGCUGUGGCCGAACUGCCCACUUACCAGGAGAGCGUGAGGGGCGGCGCGGCCACGGCGGCGUGGUACGGAGCAAACCCGGAGCCGCGCUACGCAGCACUUCCCAGAUUCAUGGGCUCCUCCACAGCGAUGAACAUGAACGCGCUCGCGGGAAUGGACGCAAAGUCGAUGGUGACUCUGCACGCGGCUCCUCGCCGGAAGCGUCGCGUGCUCUUCUCCCAGGCGCAGGUGUACGAGCUCGAGCGCAGAUUCAAGCAGCAGCGCUACCUGUCCGCUCCCGAGCGCGAGCACCUGGCCGGUCUGAUCCACCUCACACCGAACCAGGUGAAGAUCUGGUUCCAGAAUCACCGAUACAAAAUGAAACGGCAGGCCAAAGACAAGGCAGCGCGCGAGCCGCAGCAGCAGGACGCCGGUGACGCGUGCGAGCAGCAGCAGCAGCAUUCACCGAGGCGCGUGAACGUGCCUGUGCUCGUCAAAGACGGCAAGCCGUGUCAGACCGGCACCGGAACCGGCACGCAGACUUCCGGCCAGCACGCCGCCGUGCCCGCGGUUCCGCUUCAGCAACGGAAUCAGACGGUGGAGUCUUUAGCGUCGGCAGCGGAUGAGCUCGAUGAAAUGACACCGAGUCCACCCGCGCUGCACGGGGCUCACCUCAGCGGCCUGUCGCACCUGGACUCCGCCCUUCUGGAGUACAACAUGGCGGGCUCGAACCUGCUCUACGGCAGAACUUGGUAAACGAAUAAACGUGAAACCAAACCGAACCGGACCGGACCGGGGGAAAAAGCCUAAAGACUACGGGAACAAUUGAACCAGAAAACAGUUCGUUUCAACAUGUAUAAAAGUCGGGAUUUUUUUUUAGACUCCAUUCCUCCUGAAAUAAAAUGUCACAAUCGGAGUAACCAAACUGUUUAAUGGGCUGGAUAAACAUCCGGGUUAUAAAAAAAAAAAAAAAAAAAAAUUCAUUUUCCACAUCUGUCUUUUAUCUACCUUUUGUAAGAUACUUUCAACUUUUUAGACGCAAAGUAUAAAACACAUCCGACAGCGCGAGAAUUUAUGCAGUUUACAACUUUUUUUUUUUUUUUUGUAAUUUAAGCAAAACCUACUGAAACAUCUAAAAUUACAUUUAACAAUAAAACCCUUCUGAAUAAUUUGCAGCUUUUUUUCCCCAGCAAUGUGAAAUCAAUCUACUGUUAUGAAAAAAAACAAUUAGCUGGAGAUUUAUACUAUGGGUUUUAAUAAAUUCAUAUUGCGCCAUUAAUCGACUCUGAUUUGUUACACGUGGAAUUGGUGGUGAAAAAUGGUUCAUAUUUAUUUAAUAGUUCAUAUUAAAAAAAUUAAUGAUAUUCCUCAUCCCCAAAAAAUGUAUUUAUUUAUUUUCACUACAAGCUAAUAAAACAUCCAUAAUUAAAAUUAAUAGACUAACAAAAAAAAUUUAAAAACUCAAUUUGUUAAUUUCUUUGGCUCAGGUUUGGUCCACAGACUAAAAAGCUGUAGGAAUUUAGCAUUAUAAUUAAUUAGGUUGGGGGGAAAUAAAAAAACCUGCUAUUCCAUCAUGUGUAUAUUUCAGAUAUUCUCGAUAAUCGCUUUUUUAAAAUGAAUUUUUGAAUAUUAAUUCAUUUAAAAAAAAAAAAGGAAUUUGAACCGAAAGAGGAGAGAUGAUCAGAUCAACCACUGAAGUUAACACGUAAGUGAUUUCAGCUGCUGAAUGUGCAGACUUCUGAUUUCAGAUGAAGACAAUUGUCCAUUAACCUAAUUAUUCCAUUCUCAUUUAAAAUAGUGUUCGACUCCUAGAUCUACAUUUAUAAU